AUGGGUUUUCAAUUCGAUAGUCCUGCCAAAGACAACAACGACGCUUAUUACUAUAAUGAUGGUGACAUCAAGGUCAUUCGGGUUCCGCUUUCGAACGAAUUCUAUGGUGACCUGCACAUGAACCAUGAGCAGCUACAGGAGUGGUUCGGCAUUAGCAACGAUAAUUUGCCUGAUCUCCCGGCAUACUACAUCAGCCCCCGUCUUGACCGAUUCGCUCUGGAGAUCUCAGGUGGGGAAAACUUCAUGGAAAUGAAGGCGGACGCCAAGGCAACAGCGGAUGCAAGUGUCAGUUUCGAGCGUGAGGAGUACACUCAGGAAGGAAAGGUUGGCGAUGAACCGCUUGUCGAAGUUGCAGUCGGACUCAUGCUUCGCGUUGAAAAGGUUUACACCCACAACAUCAACAUCUGGGCCGAUGGCCGAGGACAGGUCAACUCAAUGAGCUGGUCUGGUGGUCCCGGGUGGGACGACAUUCGGAUUCCCUCGCGAGCACUACGUAGGGUUGGCGGUCUCCAAUUCUACAACUUCAGCAUGAGUGGGACUGGACAUUCCUCUGGACUCUAUGUCCAAACUCUUCCUGUAUUUAAUGACAAGAAGGAGUUGGAAGACAUACAUAUUGCACUAAGUAACAAGGGUUGGAAAGACUGGUAUGCCUAUACUGUUGGGCAGAAAGGAAAGAGUUCGGGACGCCAUCUGUUUGCUUACCCGAGCUACAAGCCGUCAACGACUAUCAUGCCAGUCAACAAGGCGCCUCCCAAGGCUCAGUGA